GAGAAAAUUGAAUUUAUGACGUCACCAUAUUUGCGUGGGUGUGUGCGCGCACCUUCACGAAACCGUGACUCCCCCUCUCUCUCACUCUCUAUAUAUAAAGUCGUCUCAACUGCAAGUAGUUCACCGGUAAACAAGCAAACAUUAUGGUUAUGUAAAACAAUAUUGUGUAGUAUGAAUGGGGAAAGAAGGAAGAGAAAGGUGGAGGAUGAAGAAGACGAGGAGGAGAAGAUGGAGAAGUUUUUUGCUCUGAUCAAAAAUAUCCGAGAGGUGCGUGACCGAAUGAUGACCGGCGGCGGAGGCACCACGAAGAAGGCGGCGGCGGCGGCGGAGGACGACAAGAGGGUUGCAGUUUGGAAGCCGGCGUUCAUACCGGAGGAUUUCGUGGAGGAUUUUGGUGAUCUGUCUAAAGCUGGUAAGGCAGAAACCCUAGCAAUGAUGGCUGCAGGUCCUUCUAAGAAGAGCGAAGAUGAAAAAGAAGAAGAUAAAGGUGGUGGUGGUGGUGGCGGCGGCUUAGACCUCAACCUUUCCCUGUAAUGUUCAUAAUUAGUUUUGUUACUGACCAUCAUUAAGGCUGUACUGGUCCAUCACAGAUUUAUAAAUUCAAAAUGACAAAUUUCUGAAUUUAAUUUGAAAUAGGGAUCUAUUGCUUGAUCAUUUUCACAGAAA